AUGGAGGUCGGAGGGGGCAGCGCUGAAGUAGGACGGAGAUUGGAGGGGGCAGCGCUGGAGCAGUCAGCAAUGGCGUUCGGAGCCGUCGGCCGCGAGGCAGCGUGGCUUACAGAAUGGCACAAGUGGUCCAUAGUCAACACUCUUAUUAAGCCACUUUACAAUAUCGUCUUCAAGCAUUUGAUGUAUCCAUUCACAGCUAGCAGAAAUGUCAAACAUCUCAAGGAAGCGACCCAGGGUUUGAUUGCUAAGGGCAGCGAUGUCCAGCACGAGAUUGAGAUUGCUGAGAGAAAUGGCAUGAAAGCAAAGAAUGAAGUGCGAAGGUGGCUUGAAAAUGUGGAUGCCAUCAAGUCGGAUGAAGAAGCAAUUAGUCAAGUGUAUGAUGACAGAUGCAAUGUUCUUGGCUGUAUCUCUAUAAAUUGCUGGUCAAACUACAAAAUCAGCAAGAGUGCAGAAAAGGAGCUUCUGAAAGCCCAAGAGUGUGCCAAGAUUGACAUUAGUGUUGUUGCAGUCCAGCCGCUGCCACCAUCAGUCCGUGAAAUGCCCGUCUCAUCCACUGGACUGCUCAGUGAAGAGCUUAAUGUGCAGAAGGCUGCCCAGUGCAUUAGGGAUUCUUCAGUUGGAAUGAUUGGUAUAUGGGGUCUAGGUGGAGUGGGAAAGACUCAUCUUCUGAAGAAGAUCAACAAUUCCUUUGUCGGAGACUCUUUCUUUGACGUUGUUGUCUUUGUUACAGCCUCAAAAGAAUGUUCAGCCGAAAAGAUCCAGGCCGAAAUAGUAAAGAAACUUGGCUUAAGGAACGACGACGACAUAGAAUCCCAAGCAAAUAUCAUUUAUGACUUUCUAAGCAGGAGGAGUUUUCUUGUACUACUGGAUGACCUCUGGGAGCAGUUGGACUUACAAGCAACAGGUGUCCCAUAUCCUCUUGGAUUUGUUGCCCUUUCAAAAGAGCUUGUGAAGGAGCUAAAGGGCUUGCCCUUGGCGUUAAUAGCUACCGGAAAGGCAAUGUAUCCAAAGAAAGAUCCAAGUGAAUGGGAAACAGCUAUUCGUUUACUGCGGCGAUCUGGCCAUGAUGUGGGUGACCCCACGUCUAUGGAGAACACCAUUUUCUUCAAGUUAAAACUUAGCUAUGAUAGCUUGGGGAAUGAUACUAUGAGACGUUGUUUCCUCAUUUGCUCAUUGUGGCCAGAGGAUUCUCCUAUUGCUAAAGACGAUCUGAUCCAAUGUUGGAUGGGUCUAAGCCUACUUAAUAAAUGUGAUAUACAGAGUUCUUACAGUGAAGGCUACAACAUAGUAGGCCACCUGCAAGCUGCAUCAUUGCUGGAAGCUACUGAAGACAGUAGUGAGCACCUUAAAAUGCAUGAUGUGAUUCGUGAUAUGGCAAUAUGGAUAUCGUGUGGUUGCGGUGAAAACAAUAACAAAUGGGUCGUUCAUGCAGAAAUCGGUAAAACUGCAUCUAGAAAGUGCAUCCCUUGGAACAGAGUGGAAUAUUUGUCAAUGAUGGGCAAUGGACUGGAAGAACUCCCAUAUCUUGGUGAUGAUGGUGGUGUGAACGAAAAUAGUCUGGGCAGUGUCAGAUCUAAGUGUUGGCUAGGUUCCUGCUGUACAGAACUUAGGACACUGCUUCUUCAAGAUAAUAAGUUCAGUGAGAAGGCACUUGGAAAUAUUUACCUUUUCACUACAUUGACAUACCUAGAUUUGAGUCACAACCAAAUUUUUGUUUUACCUUUAGCACUGUGUGCUUUGGGAGAUCUAGAGUACCUCAACUUGUCAUACAAUUACAUCAGUGAAUUGCCCAAGGACCUUAAACACCUCAUCAAGCUCAAAUUCCUAUAUCUAAGAGGUAAUCCAAUACAUACAGUACCAAAGGGCACCAUAUCAAGGCUUGAGGAAUUGCAAGUUCUGGACUUAUUGUCAUCUCAGGUAUUAUCGCGUGCAACCUAUACUCUAUCAUUGCUCCAGGAAUUGGAUAUGCUGGAUAACUUGAAAGCUGUGGAAAUUGGGGUCAAAGGUGAUGCAACAUAUGAAUUGGUAGGCAAGUUUCCUAGACUCCCUAUUAGAUCCAUCCAUUUGAGCAGGCUGAUAGGGACACCAUCAUUCAGUUUCUUGGAUGGUUUUUUCUCAAGCUCCUCGGUGCAAACGAGCUUACAUGAUCUUACGAUCUACAAGUGUUAUAUGCAGCAGAUACUGAUUAGAAACGGUAUAGGAGGAGCAAUUUUCCAGUUUGACAUACUAAAAUCGCUCACGUUAGACAGCCUCCUCAGCUUAAAGCGGAUAAUUUGGAAGCGAGUAGCUCCAGAAUCUCUUUUUCCAAGGUUAACUUACCUGGCAAUUGUACACUGUCAGAGUCUUAGGUGCAUCACCUGGGCAAUGUAUCUUCCUUGCCUUGAGAGAAUCCUUGUAAAUGGUUGCGGUAACAUGAGUCAAAUUGUUCGAACUAAAAAGAAGGACAAUGUUGACACAGAAUAUAAAGGACAGGAGAGCCCAAAGGCGAUUCAGAGCUUUCCUUGUCUCAAAUACUUUGAACUGCAAAGUCUUCGUGGGCUGUCGAGCAUAUGUGAUCCUGAAGUGACUUUCCCAUCACUUGAGACCAUGGAGAUAUCGUUUUGUCCGAAGUUGAAGAGACUUCCUUUCCUGACGAAAAGCAUGCCACAGAGAUUGCGCAAUAUUAGUGUUCCCCUCGUUCAGAUGAAAUGGUGGGAGACACUGGAAUGGGCCGAUGAAGAUGUCAAGCGUGCCAUACAGCCUCUUGUCAAUUCGGACAUCUCUGAUUACCUGGAGCAGAAUCCUAUCUACUUGGUUAGCAUGCUGAUUACCAUUUUUAUUGCUGCCAUAAUAGUUUUGUUUUUACAAUCUAAUUUGACUCCGCUCACUUAUUUGCAGUAG